AUGGCUGCAACCGCAGAAACUCCGCAUUUCUACCUAGCUAACCCUGCGUACACCGAGAUGGGUAGUAAGUCAGAAGCCCGGUCUAGUCCAGACUUUACUUACCCUGCCUAUCACACUGACUCGGGGGUCGUGUUUAAUGUGCUGUACUACGGGGUCGUCAUACCCGUGAGCUAUGUAGGAAACCUGUUCACCUACAUCAUCGUCUGCAAGAUGCUGCGCUACCGCGACUCCACGGCCGACGUGUUGGUGGGCGGCUUGGCGCUCAACGACGUCCUCACGGCGGUCAUCGUCUUCACACCGGCUCUCAUUUCGGCCGUGAGAGGGCGCUACUUUGGCAGCCGCGUGAUGUGCGAGUUCAGUGCUGUGACUACCACGUGGUACAUCUACACUACCUUCGCCAUCCUCGUCCUCAUCAACGUGGAGCGCUGGGUGGCCAUCACCAAGCCGUUCUUCUACAAGAGGCUGGGCGUGACCAGCUCCAAGCUCAAGUUCCUCAUCGCCAUGGAGGGUCUCUUCUGUCUGCUGCUCGCCUCCAUGCCGCUGUUUAGAUAUCCUGUCACCUUGAAAGCUGGCUGGUACUGCGCCUUAGUCAGCCCUCGCUACGUCACUUCCGUUCUCUUCGUGCACACAAACGACACAGUGAACAAUACUUUCGUCGACCGUAACGACUUGACGAUUGAAUACAACGACUCUGCACAGGAGACCCUGGCCAUCAAGGGGACCUUCCUUCUGUUCGGCAUCGCUCUUCUCGUCGCCUGUAACGCCAGCAUCGCCUUCGAGCUGCACAAGCGGCCAUUUCGAGACGCCGCGUCACGUGAGAUGGACCGGAAGUUUGCAUGCAUCAUGGGGGUCGUGGCUGUCCUUUUUCUGCUCACGUGGUUUCCAAAUCUCGCUGCCCAUGUAGCGUGUCUUCACCAGUCCCAGGUGUGUGCGGAGUUCGAGUUCUGGGCCAUGCGCAUCGUAAACGUCGGGGUGGCUGUGAACCCGUUUGUGUACGGCGUGAUGAAGACCACGUACAGACGCGGGUACCUGUACCUGGCGCGCAUUACGCUCCAUUACAUCUCCUGCACCCUGAUCCCCAAGCCACCCUACGGGGAAGAAAUCUUCGACAUGCGGCAGCGAAUAGGACUGGACGGCGCCCAGAGUCGGAGUUCCAGCACACGUCAGCGUCAGGACGAUAUCACAGAGAGGCUCAAGAUUAACAACGACGACAGCAGCAGCAGCAGCACGCAGCAGCCAAGUGGCGCCCCCUUACACGAGUCACGUCAGACGCCGCCACCCGGCACAACCUGCUCGCCGCCGCGGCAAAGCCCUCCGUCAUGCGUCACGAGGUCUGCAAGGAACUUACCUCAUGAACUCUGCCACGUGUAGGCGCACACCUGGCGUUGGAC